AUGUCUGAACGGACCGAUAGGGAGGGUGGCGGCGGCACUGAGAAAACUAAUGCGUCCGUUGCGCGUGGCACUGGGCUGAAAAAAGUGGCAGCAAAAAAGGUCGCUCGGGAUCAAGAGAAAACCACGCCCGGUCCGACUAACGACGGCACUAGUGGUGGCAACGAACAUCCGGGGCGAGGGAGCGCGAGUCUUGCAGUCCCGUCAGCGGAGAGAGGGGGAUCGGCGACAUGGGGAAACCACGGAGGCGUUACACGCGCCGAGCAUACCGCAACCAAGGAGUCCGAGACGGAGGCAUCUCAACACCAUCUGACGCUGCUCCAGCCGAUCGUGGUCGAAAUUUCUGCUGCCGUGCUGGAUAAGGACAAGGUGGGGGAGCACGAGUCCAUGGAGGAUCCUAACUACGGCAUAGCUGACGUCGGUGGCUCUCCUCCUUCUGGUGGACGGGGGAGACGUAGGCAGAGGAAGAGCGAUGAGGAGGGCGAUUCUGACACCGGCGUGCCCAGGGACAUCACCACGCGAGCGAAGAGGCGGCAGACGACAGGCAGUGCCGACGACGCCGAUGGCGCGGAAGUUGGGAGAACGCGAGGCGCCAGUGAAGCUAGUGGCAAUGCGACGGGUCAUGCAUUGCGCCAAAAGGGCCAACCCGCAGCAAGAAAAACAUCCGGCGGAAGGAGGGGCAAGAAACGGGGUGGUGAAGACCCUGGUGAGGCCAAAGAGGAGGAUGCGCAUGAAGAGGAGGAUGAAGAGGAUGACAAAGAGGAGGAGGAGGAGGAGGACGAUGAGGAGGAGGAUGAGGAUGAGGAGGAGGAGGAGGAGGAGGAGGAGGAAGAGCAGGGGAACGACGAGGAGGAGGAUGAACAGGAGGAGGAGGAGGAGGAGGCAGAGGAGGAGGAGGAGGAGGAGGAGGAGGAGGAGGAGGAGGAGGAGGAGGAAGAGGGGGAGGAGGAGGAGGACGUGACGGCAAUGAAGGGACGGGGCGGGCGUGGCAGACGGCAGAGUGGUACAGGGAAGCUGGGGGACCGGACUCGCCAUUCCCGAAAACGCGGGGCAGUUGACGCCGCGCGCGGCGCAGCAGCUGGCAGACCAAAGGCGCGUAAGGUGAAGGUUGAAAGUGAAGGGGGGGGUAAAAAGCAAGGGCGCGAGGGAGCAAAAGGGGAUGGAGGAGGUAAGGGUGGCGGCGCCAAAGGGGUUCCAUUGGGUACUGGCAAGAAAGAACGUGCCGGUGAAAGUGCGGAGCACGAGCAGUUUGUUUCACGGGAGGAGUUCCAGGUGCUGCGGUCUGAGAUGUACGCCAUGUUUGCACAGCUCGGCCUGCGUCGUGGAGUACCUGCCAGUUAUCCUGGGGGUUUUGCAGCUGCGCCUAUGGCUGGUACCACGCCGCCGAUGAGUGCCGUGGACAAGGCACAAGUGCUAGUGUUGCAGGAGACAAACCCAUUCCCGGUAUGUGGCGGGCCAAAUAGGGCGGGUUGGGGCUGA